UGAUCCAGAACCAGCAGUUUGAAGGCUAGUCCUCGGUCCAGCUGUGUUGCUGAAAACACUUACGCCGAUUCUGAAUCAGAGGAUUAUUGUUCUUAGUUGUUUAGACCAAGACACGCCUCUCGUCACGCCCCAGCUACUUCCAGUCCCAAGACGCUCAUUCUACGCCAGUCAUCUCAGUUGGGGCAGUACGUAGGGGUAAGAUAGUGUAGCCAGCCAGCUGGGGGAGAUUUAACUGGCGGGCGCACUGAGCUUAUUAUCUAGCGGAUGCGAACGGCGCAACGACUUUUAGGCUGUGUUCAAGGGGACUGAGGGUCGUCUUUAUAUUUAAUCGUUUUUAUUUUGCCUUUAGCGUGUGCAUGACUCACGAUAUGUUUUUCGGAGGAUGGAGGCAGACGACGUGUCGAUUAGAGAGCAGCUAUUCCACGACCGAGUGCGAGAGACUAUAAUCUGCGUCCUGCUCUUCGUCUGUCUCUACAUCGUCUCCUACCUCAUCAUCACUCACUUCAAGAAGAAUGCAGAGUUUGUCACUGAUGACGACGAAGAUGCAACUGUCAACAGAAUUGCGCUUUGGCUGUGCACAUUUACCCUCUCUGUGUCAGUGGGCGCCGUCCUGCUGCUCCCUUUUUCCAUCCUGUCCAAUGAGGUCCUGCUCUCCUUCCCCCACAGCUACUACAUGCAGUGGCUCAAUGGCUCCCUCAUCCAUGGGCUGUGGAAUCUAGUCUUCCUACUCUCCAACCUAUCCUUGGUCUUCCUCCUGCCCUUCGCCUACUUCUUCACCGAGUCCGAGGGCUUUGUGGGCUCCAAAAAGGGCGUGAUGGGUCGCGUGUACGAGACGGCAGUGGUGCUGCUGCUCCUCACCAUGCUGGUGCUGGGGAUAGUGUGGGUGGCGUCGGCCCUCCUGAACCACUCCUCUGCCAUGGAGAGUCUGUAUGACCUGUGGGAGUAUUACCUGCCCUAUCUGUACUCCGGCAUUUCGCUGUUUGGAGUCUUGCUACUGCUGUUGUGCACACCGUUCGGGUUGUCUCGCAUGUUCAGCGUCACGGGGAACCUGCUGGUCAAGCCGCGGCUGUUGGAAGACGUGGAUGAGACGGUGAGCUGCGCAGCAUUUGAGGAAGCCUCUCUGGCCAGGAAGUUGACCAAUGGUACAUCCUGUUGGAUCAACCUCAAUGUGGAAGUUUUGAGGAAGCAGUUUCUCUCAAUCCAAGCCAAACGUAUUGCCCUGGAGAUGCGGAGGAGAGCGUCACCGUGGCAGCGUAACUUGGGUUACCCACUGGCCAUGCUGCUGCUGUUGGCUCUCACGGUGGUGUGUGUGCUGAUGGUUUGCUUCCAUGUCCUGGAGCUGCUGUUUGAUGACACGGCAAUGCCUCGUGGAAUGGAGCAUCCCCUCCUGGGCGCUGCCUCCUUCUCCAUGUUUGGCUCUCUGGGAGCAACUGUGCAGGUCGUCCUCAUCCUAUACCUGAUGGUGUCGUCGGUGGUGGGAUUCUACAGCUCGCCUCUAUUCACAGGGCUGCUGCCUCGCUCUCAGGACACCACCCUGACGCAGAUCAUUGGGAACUGCGUAUCCCUGCUGGUUCUUAGCUCAGCUCUGCCAGUCUUCUCCAGGACUUUGGGGAUCACAAGGUUUGACUUGCUAGGAGACUUUGGACGCUACAACUGGCUGGGAAACUUCCACAUCAUCUUCCUGUACAACAUGCUGUUUGCAGGGCUCACCACUGCCUGCCUCAUCAACACUGUCACCUGGGCCGUGCAGAGAGAGCUCAUCCGUGCCUUUGGUCUCCAUAAACUGCCUUUGACUGUGUGCCGCUCCACGGUCCCGUUCAAGCUCCUGCUAGCCAAUGGGCUUUCGAAGAUUCAGUGACAUUCCGCUGUCUCAUGUACCCGAGACCAUUUCGACCCACCAAAGACUGCUGGCUCCUUGAAGAAUGAUUCCAGCGGCAGCUUCACAUUGGAACAGAGGCAACCCUUGUCACAUCCUUAUAGGAACAGGAGGAGUAGGGGAACCUAUCCGGCAAGCUUGACAGAACCUGCAGUUUGGACAUUGGAAGAACUGCAGACGGAGGCUGUAGAGAAUACGCAGCCUCAUGGGUACAUCUUUUACAUUGGGGACCAAUUCUGUAUGUUUCCUUGUUUGUGAGGAGGACUAAUGUUGGAAUUGUUGGGAGAGGUGAUGGGAGUUGUUGCCAAAAAAAUCAUUUUAAAAAGGCUUUGUUAUGCAAAAUUAAAAGAAAAGGGAGUGAGGCCUCACUGAGAUUCAGGACCCUUCUCCCGCACUGUCUCCCACCCGUAUGCCUUCUGAGAAAUUUAGGCAUGGUUUUAGACACUUGUCCAAACCAAGCCUGGAUGAUGUUGAAAAAAUUUUGUGGCUGGAGUGUUGUUUCCUCUUACUGUCUCUAGUUAGAGACCAUUCUUGCCUUGACAGGAAGUUCACCUGUGGGCACUUCCUGUCUGUAAUGCGCACACUCCCCAGUUUCAUGAACCUGUUCUUACUGUCCCAGUUAUUUUUUCUGAGCUUGUCAUCUUGUGAAUGCUGUUUCUCUUAUUUGUAGUCUUCUCAGAUCAGUGCAGGUGAGCCUAGUUAAGGGCAACCAUAGGCAGGAGAGGGAGAAUUUCAGCAUUUAUUCAGAUCAAGAUGCCUUAGGCAGAUGAUUGCCCCUUUCAAACUAAGAUCCUAAAGAAACUAAACAAUUUUUUACAGAACUACUUCUAUGCAUUUGACAUCAAUGUUAUUAUUUGGUGUAAUGCACCAAAUGUUGUUUAUGUACAAUACAGAAGGAAAAAGUGGUGCUUUACAGUAGGAACUAAGGCCCAGAUUCAGCCUAACCUCAAUUUACUGUGUCCAUUUUAAUAAAUAAUUUCUGUUUCCAGUUCUUACUGGAAAUCAUUUUCAGAGGUCACCAAAAUCACCAAAAUCAUAAUGUUGCUUAAAUAUCAGAAAAAAGUAAAGCUUACUCAUAUUUACCCAAAUUUAAAGACAGAACAUUGCAGUUGGAUUGAAUCAGGGUCUAAGCAGUAGGCAGUAAAGCUGUGAGCGGCAGUCAGCCUAAACCAUGGUAAAACUGUGAAGUGAGUUUGUGUGUGUGUGUGUGUGUGAGAGAGAGAGAAAAAUAUGUGCAAUACUUUUAGUCAUGUGAGUAUUCGUAUUGGUUUGAUAAUGGUGGAUGCAAAUAUGUAUUUUGUGUGGUUCCCUGUAUUUGCUAGUCCUAUUUGUACCCCAUUUUCUUGCUUUGUUAAGUAGGCACUCAUGUUUCAGUUGUACAAUGAGCCAUUUUAUGUAUGUUUGUCCACCCAAUGUUACACAAUAUUGUAUGACAUCAGUAUGACCCUGUGAAAUGUCUCUAGUCAAAUUCUAGUCAGAAAGGUUAGAUAAUCAUUUGUUUUGGCUUUUAGGUAAUUUCUGUUUUUCUCUGGGCCUACCCCAAUAAAACUUUUGAAAAUCUUGUAAAACAAGAUAUUUGAGGCAGCAUAGCUUUUAACUGUGGGUAUGCCACAUCUAUGCGCAUUUCUAAGGCAGAAUGUUUGCCCUUGUUAGUGAUGGCAGUGAGUAGUUAGAAGCACUACGGAUAAUUUGGGGGUAUACUGUGGAAAUAAAUUGAAAGUAAAUUGUGAAAACUACCUGCCAAAUUUAUCUUGUUUUACGGUUCUUAUAAUCGGUCAACAUGAGAAAGAAGUGUUGAAUUUUAAAGCCCUGUGUCUACUGAGUGUAGGUCAUUCUGGUUUAAUCAGAGGAUAAGGAUGACUCUGAGCAUUACUGUUAAUUAUGUCUCUUCAUGAUACACUGUUAACACAUGCAGUGAUUCCGUGGGUUUGUCUGUCUCCUAACUGUGUGUAAUUCCAAGAAAUGAAUACGCGAGAAUGCUUCCAAAUGCAAUGUCACAUUCUCUUUGUAACCUCACAUUCAUAGCAACACAGUGUGUUAUUUAAAUAAAAAAAGGAUGUGUUUAUUUUUCCUUUUUGGUUGCCAGUUGAUGAUGGCAGCCC